UUGUUAACAUCCCUCUCCAACUCCUCUCAACUCGGACACUCAUCCCUCAUCGAUUGAAUACCCUCGCCGUAUGGGUAUAUCUAUGUAUUUGGGGAAAACAACAAACAAACAAACAAACAAUAUAUAUAUAUAUACGUAUAUAAAACCGUAUAACUACAGUCGACAAGAGAAAUGCGAAUGAUGUUUGCUCGAUUGCAAAAUUAAUGGAACCGGAGCUGGCAGCGGUCGCCGCUGCCUCAUUACCUACUACGGCUACAAAAGCAAAGACAAUGAAAAUAAAAUCCGCAAUGGCCAUGCCCGUGCCCGUGCCCGUGCCCGUGCCCGGGCCCAGGCCCGUGGCAUCCCCCACGUGCUCUUUGGCAGCACAUUCCCCAACAUCCGCUGCAUCCGUCGCGCUGCUGAUGCUAGAGGCAACCACGACCAGCAGCGCUCACGAUGGCAAUCGCAAUGACGAGUCAAAGUUCACCUUUCGCUCAGAGGCGGCCAUGAAGCUACGCGAGGAGAACGAGCGCCUGAAUGCGGAGCUGGUGCGUCUGCGCCGGCUGCUCGAGCACUCGACGGACGGCGCUGUGGGUGGAGCUGAUCCCGGAGCGGACUUGGCGGCACACGAUGGCAACAGCGCGAUGGCGUCGCAGGAGCGCGUGGAACGACUGGAAACGGAGCUGCGCAGCGUGAAGAAUCAGCUGCUCACCAUGCGGCUGGAGCGGAAGAAGCUGCGCACAGACAAAUCGGAUCUGCUGGGCCAGGUGAAGCAGCUGUGCGCCUCGCUGCAGGAGAAGGAGCAGGAGCUGCGCGACUUCAUACGCAACUACCAGGAGCGUGUGCGCGAGACUGAGUCAACCAACGCCAAGAUCUCGGGUGAUCGCGACCGAGAGCGCUUCCAGCUGCUGAAGCAGGCGCGCGACGAGGCCGAGCGCUCCCUGGCCCUGGCCCAGCAGCUGUCGGCGCGGGAUCUGCAGCUGCAGCGCCUGCAGGAGCAGCUGCAGGAGGCGCGCCGCCAGCUCACCGGCUGCCUCUCCGACCAGGAGAGCCUGCAUUCAUUUGCGCCGCUGACGCCGCCGUCGGCUGCCUCGGGCAUGCUCAGCCAGCUGGCCGGCGGCUCUGGGCUGGCGGGCAACCUGAGUGGCAUGCGCACAGCCGACGACAGUGGGCGUGGCAACUCGAAUUCACUGUCCGCCUUCAGCGGCAGCCUGAGCGGCGGCUCUGGCGCCACAGUGGGCGACCGCAACUCCUGCUCGAACGACUCGGGCCUGCGCAACAGCAGUGAUCGGGAGAGCACCGGCGGCGAGCUCAACUUCAGCGACGGCACUUGCGACAACGGACCCUGCAUCACCGUCGAUCCCGACAGCAUCUCUCUAGUCUCCAGCCAAAAUAUGUAUCAAUUUGGCACUCCCAAGGAGCGCAGCCCCACACUCUCGCCCCUCAAUUCCGGCGCCUACUCCAGAUCUGUGGAGCAGCUCUCGCCGGACGCCGAGGGACCCGGCGGCGCUGGCGCCAUGACCCGCAAGUUCGGCAACAAGAGCGGACCACUGGGCGCACGCAACGGACGCGGCGGCACCUGGGGCAGCAUCUCGCGCGUGUUCGCACGCUCCAGGAACAAGAGCAAGGCCAUGUCCGCCGACGGGGUGAGCGAGUACAGCGACUACUCGUGGAACCCGCUGUCCGAGGAGGGCUACGCCGAGAAGCUGCGCCUGCUGCGCGAGGCCUCCCAGCUGCCCAUCGAGCGCUGGCGGGCCACUCAAGUGCUCGCCUGGCUGGAGGUGGCGCUGGGCAUGCCCCAGUACAGCGCACGCUGUGCGGAGAACGUCAAGAGCGGCAAGGUGCUGCUCGAGCUGAACGACGUGGAGCUGGAGGCGGGCCUGGGGCUGGCGCAUCCCAUGCAUCGCAAGAAGCUGCGCCUGGCCAUCGAGGAGCAGCGCCGGCCCGAGCUGGUGCGCUAUCCGCUGAUCACCCAGCUGGGCCACACCUGGGUGGCCUCCGAGUGGCUGCCGGACAUCGGCCUGCCCCAGUACGCGGAGCCCUUCCUGCAGUCCCUGGUCGAUGCGCGCAUGCUGGACACCCUCUCCAAGAAGGAGCUGGAAAAGUUUCUGGGCGUGACGCGAAAGUUCCAUCAGGCCAGCAUAGUACAUGGCAUUCACGUCUUGCGCAUUGUCAAGUACGACCGGCAGACGCUGGCCAUGCGGCGCGUGCAGUCGGAGACUGUGGACACCGAUCCCAUUGUGUGGACCAACCAGCGCUUCAUACGCUGGGUGCGCUCCAUCGACCUGGGCGAGUAUGCGGAUAACUUGAAGGACAGCGGCGUUCAUGGCGGUCUGGUGGUGCUGGAGCCAUCAUUUUCGGGCGAUACCAUGGCAACGGCUCUGGGCAUUCCGCCGUCGAAGAACAUAAUACGACGGCAUCUAAACACGGAAUUCGAUGCUCUCAUCCUGCCCGCAAGAUACAUAAUAUACUGUCAAAUGGAAGAAUUUCAAAUGGAAAACUCCCGGCAAUUGGCCAAAUUGCAGGGCCAUUAAGUCGAAAGUCGAAAGUCGAAAAUCGAAAAUCACAAAUCAAAUUGAAAAUAAUCAAAAAAAGAAAAGAAAACGAAACGAAACAAUCCUUGUAAUCGCCGUGUGUAUUUGUAAUCAAUUGUAACUCGAUGGGAUUCAACUCGAUUCAAUAUUUAAUUGUAUUUAGCUAAGCUGAUUGGUAUUUCUAGAAAGAGAACAAUAAUUGGAGCACAGCGCUAAUCAAAUCAACAUAAUUAACUCAACUUACUCUUAGUCUAGCCAAAGAAUUACCAGAUAAAAAAAAAAAUGAAAAGAAAAACCGAAACUAUAAAUCAAAAGUUAAGAAAAAUGAAAUCUCUUAUGCAUAAGCAUCGAAAUACUCGUAGGGAAACGUAAUCAGAAAAGCCCACCCUGAUACCCAAGAAAAUCUAUAAAAAAUAUGAGAGUGAAAUACUAUAGCUAAUAAAUAAACAAAUACCACAUAUCGAACAAAUCUGAGGAGCUUUGCACUAUCUAUCGAUAUGUCCAUAUUAUAUAUACAUACAUAUAUAUACAUAUGUAUACAUAUAUAUUCUAUACAAACGAGUCUCCAGAAUCGAUGUAUGCUUUGCAGCUAACUUAAGAUCGCAUUUACCACACAAAAACACAUACUAUAUAGAUAUAUACGUAUUACACAACUAAAAUUUUUGCAUUUAAGCCAAUAGAGAGCAACGCGCUAUAUAUGUAUAUAGUAUUUGAUUGUAUCGAUAUCGAUGUUAUUUGUCAGAGAUCACACGCACACGAAUCAGAUCUUCAGAAGUGUUUAGGUAUAGUGGGCCAGCGUAUACUUGGGUAGAGACUUUUUUAAGUAGUAGCAAAUGCGAUUUGUUUAUAGUUUUAUACAUACAUAUACAUACACAAAUUUGAUGUGACAACAAAAUAAAACUCUAUAUGUUAGACAUAUAUACUACGUACAUACAUAUACAUAUAUGUAUAACUAACGAUAUCAUCAUGAGAGCACACACACAAACACACAUAACUGGGUUUGUAACUGAUGUGGACAGCCGUCCACUGUGAUACAGCACACAUAAAACUGAGAAGUACUCACAUACAUAAAUACCAAAAAAUAUAUAUAUAGACAUACAUAUUCAAAUGCAAUUAUCUGCGAAUACGUAUACGAAAACUCACAAUUCCGAACCGAGAUUUUCAUUUCUUGCUUAAGUAACCAAUAAGUAAACCAUACACAAACAUACAUACACAUACAUAUAUCUAUACAUACAAACAUUAGCUUGUUUUCCUCUCGAUGUUGCCUACUUUUGUGCGCCAACUGCAUUUCGAUACCUAGAUAAUGCUCGUAGUACAAAAACUCUUGGUAUUUUAUUUUCCUCAGUACAAACCCAGUCCAAAAUUUCCCUCCACUAUCCCAAAAGCCUCUUGACUGAGUCAUUUGU